AAUUAACAGUUUCCGUUUCUCGGCUUAUCAGCUGAUUACCGAUGGAUUUAAUUAAAGACGGGUGGUUUAGUGAGUUAAGUGAACUAUGGCCAGGACAAUGUAUGUCACUCCAAGUGGAAGAAUUGUUGUUUCAUGAAAAAUCUAAAUACCAGGAUUUAAUUGUCUUUAAAAGUAAGACUUAUGGUAAUGUUUUGGUGUUAGAUGGUGUUAUACAGUGCACAGAAAGAGAUGAAUUUUCAUAUCAAGAAAUGUUGGCACAUUUACCACUUAAUUCUCAUCCUAACCCACAAAAGGUUUUGAUAAUUGGUGGAGGUGAUGGGGGUGUACUGAGGGAGGUUGUUAAACAUCCACAAGUGUCGUCAGUUUAUAUGUGUGAAAUAGAUGAGAAAGUAAUAGAGGUAUCGAAAAAGUAUUUACCAAACAUGUCAUGUGGGUUUAACAGUGACAAAUUAACUCUGCAUAUAGGUGAUGGAUUUGAAUACAUGAAAAAACAUCAGGGUGAAUUUGAUGUCAUAAUAACAGAUUCAUCAGAUCCCAUUGGACCAGCAUCCUCAUUGUUUGAGAAGUCAUAUUAUGAGUUGAUGAAGACUGCAUUAAAACCAGGUGGCAUUGUCUGUUGUCAAGGAGAAUGUUUGUGGCUUCAUAUAGACUUGAUUAAAGGAAUGUUAGAUUUUUGUGGCAAUCUAUAUGCUGUAACAAGUUAUGCCUAUACAGCAAUACCCACUUAUCCUAGUGGACAGAUAGGAUUUAUCAUGUGUAGUAAAAAUCCAGAUACCAAUUUUGCAGAACCGUUGAGAAAAUUUACACCUGAUGAAAUGCAGAAGUUAGAUUUAAAGUAUUACAACUCUAAAAUACACAGCAGUGCAUUUGUUUUACCAGAAUUUGCUAGGAAGAAAUUGUGUCAGACAGAAAGUAUACAAAAUGGAAAUUAGAAGACAGUAUUCAGCUUUAUCAUGUUUAUGUUACAUUGGUUGUACAAUGAUGUCUUUCUCUUGAUUCACAUUCAAAUAUAGAAUCCUCAUUUAAACAAUCUAAGAUAUCUUUGCACAGAUAAUAAAUGUAUUUUGUU